AUGACCGUCCCCACUGCUGCUCUCCCCAAAUCCCUCCUGGGUCAUCACCGUCUCCUCUCCCCAACCGCCGGCGUCCAUGUCAGUCCCAUCUGCCUCGGAGGCAUGAGCAUCGGCUCAGCAUGGUCCUCCUUCAUGGGCGAAUGUUCCAAGGAGACCGCCUUCGAAGUCCUCGAUUACUUCUAUUCACAAGGCGGCAAUUUCAUCGACACGGCCAACGGCUACCAGAACGGCGAAUCGGAACAGUGGAUCGGCGAGUGGAUGGAACUUCGUGGGCGGAGAGCCGAGAUGGUCGUCGCGACGAAGUAUACGGCUGCUUUCAUGACGUAUCGUGGCGAGGAGGUCCUGCAGAGUAAUUUCGGGGGUAAUUCGAAGAAGAGUCUGAGGGUCAGCGUGGAUUUGAGUUUGAAGCAGUUGAGGACGGAGUAUAUCGACUUGCUGUACGUCCAUUACUUCGACUGGUCGACGAGUAUCCCGGAGAUCAUGCAGUCGCUUCAUCAGUUGGUUGCACAAGGAAAGGUGCUCUAUCUCGGCAUCAGUGACACUCCAGCAUGGAUCGUCGUCAAAGCAAAUUGCUACGCUAGACAACACGGCUUAACAACGUUCUGCGUCUAUCAAGGACGAUGGAGCGCCGCCGAACGAGAUUUUGAGCGGGAGAUUAUCCCCAUGUGCCGAGAUGAAGGGAUGGGUCUAGCACCUUGGGGUACACUCGGAGGAGGCUACUUCAAAUCUCCCGAUGAAGAGAAGAAAACCGACGGCCGUACCCUGAACGUCAAAACCGGCAAGGAAGAACAAGUCUCCGUCGUCCUCGACAAAAUCGCCAAGAGCAAGGAUACCCUCAUCACCAGCGUAGCAUUGGCCUACGUCCUACACAAAGCGCCCUACGUCUUCCCCAUCUGCGGCGGCCGCAAAGUCUCGCACCUGCAAUCCAACAUCUCCGCGCUCAGCCUGCGCCUCACCGAGGCCGAGAUCCAGGAGAUCGAGGCCGCCUAUGAUUUCCAGAUCGGUUUCCCGCAUAAUUUCAUUACGGGAGGGAACUUUGCGCCGAGGGGGCCGCAGGAUGUGCUGUUCACGAAGAGACAGGGACAUUUGGAUUAUGUCUUGCCGGAGAGGCCGAUUGAGCCGCGGGAGGAGAUCAAGGAGGUGUGA